CAUCGGUUCUCCAGCAGUGCUGGGGCUCUCCAUCGCCUGGGUUACGGAUCUCGGUCUCCGCCUCUGUCGCGCUGUGAUCUGCGCCGCUCCUGGGAGUCGUAGGCGGGACUCAGACCCAGGAAACCUAGAAAUGGACUCAUUGACAUUUGAGGAUGUGGCUGUGACCUUCACCCUUGAGGAAUGGGCCUUACUGGAUCCUUCACAGAAGAAACUCUACAGAGAUGUGAUGCGGGAAACCUUCAGGAACCUGGCCUCUUUAGGGAAAAAAUGGGAAGAUCAUGACAUUGACGAUCAGUACAAAAACCAAUGGAGAAAAAUGAGAAGUCAUAGGGUAGAGAGACUCUGUGAAAAUAAAGAGGGUAGUGACUGUGGAGAACACUUCAGCCUUAUUCCAAAUAUGAAUCUGAACAGAAAAACCACUGGAGUAAAAGCACAUGAGCACAAUGCAAGUGGAAUCGUCUUCAUGAGUCAGUCAUCCUUUCAUAGGCACUUCAGAUAUCACACUGGACACAAGCGUUAUAAAUAUCAAAAAUGUGGGGAGAAGCCAUAUAAAUGUAAGGUAUGUGGGAGAGGCUUCCGUUAUCUCCAGUGUUUUGACAAACAUGAGAGAAAUCACAAUGGAGAGAAAACCUUUAACUGUGAGGAAUGUGGGAAAUCCUUCAGUAGCUUCAGUUCACUUCGAACACAUGAAAGAGACCACACUGGAGAGAAAUGGUAUCAAUGUAAGCAAUCUGGAAAAGCUUAUCGCUAUCAAACACAUGAAAGAACUCACACACUAGAGAAACACUGUGAAUAUAAGCAAUGUGGUAAGGCUGUCAUUUCUCUUCCAGGUUUCCAAAGACAUGAAAGUACUCACACUGGAGAAAAACCCUAUGAAUGUAAACAAUGUGGUAAAGCCUUCAAGUAUCUCUAUUCUUUUCAAAUGCAUGAAAGAUCUCACACUGGAGAGAAACCCUAUAAAUGUAAGGAAUGUGGGAAAACCUUUAUUGUUAACUCAAGCCUUCGAGUACACAUGAUCACUCACACUGGAGAUAGGCCUUACAAAUGUUGGGAGUGUGAGAAAGCAUUCAUUUCUCGCAGUUCAUUUCGAAGACAUGAAAGGACUCACACUGGAGAGAAACCCUAUGAAUGUAAACAAUGUGGGAAAACCUUCAGUUAUCCAUCAAAUGUUCAGAAACACAUGGAAGUACAUACUGGAAAUAGACCUUAUCAGUGUAAGCAAUGUGAUAAAGCAUUCAGUUCUCCCAGUUCUCUUAAAGUACAUGAAAGGACUCACACUGGAGAGAAGCCCUAUGAGUGUAAACAAUGUGGUAAAGCCUACACAGCACACAGUUCCUUACAAAGACAUGAAAUGACUCACACAGGGGAGAAACCCUAUGAAUGUAAGGAAUGUGGUAGAGCUUUAAGUUCUCAUAGAAAUUUCCAAAUACAUGAAAGGACUCACACUGGAGAGAAGCCCUAUGAAUGUAAACAAUGUGGUAGAGCCUACAUAGCACACAGUUCCUUACAAAGACACGAAAGGACUCACACAGGAGUGAAACCUUAUAAAUGUGAGGAAUGUGGUAAACCUUUCCGUUCUCAGGUAGGUUUCCAAGCACAUGAAAGGACUCACACUGGUGAGAAGUCCUAUGAAUGUAAGGAAUGUGGUAAAGCUUUCAUUUCUCAUCUAGGUUUCCGAAUACAUAAAAGGACUCACACUGGAGAGAAGCCCUAUGUGUGUAAACAAUGUGGUAAAGCCUACACAGCACAGAGAUCCUUACAAAGGCAUGAAAGGACUCACACAGGAGUGAAACCCUAUGAAUCUAAGGAAUGUGGUAAAGCUUUCAGUUCUCAGCUUCUUGGAUCCAUGGGUGAAUUGAAGUACACUUCUAAAUGCAAUUAGGUUUGAUUUUUAAAAUAAUGUUUUAUUUGUUCUGUUAAGGGACCAUUGAAAAAUGAGUUUGUAUUUGUUGGAAUUUUCUACUGUCCUUGUAUGGCAGUUCCUGAGCAUCCCUAAUCUAGUGUAUAUAUUGUACUUUUCUUAGAGGAAUCUCCUCUUUUAGGGUGGUGGGUAUAGGAGUCUUUUUCUAUUUUCCAUACUAUUAAACAUUUAGAAUAAAUGUUUAUAAAUGGCAAGUUUAUUAGUAUACUUUCAUGUAAAUUAUUCUCAUAUUGGAGACUUUGCUCUUUCUACUUCCUUCUGACUGGUUUAUGGUAAAUAGACUUUGAAUUAAGGCUACAGGUCAACAAAAUGUAGAGCUGGAGACAUCACCACUGUAUUGCAAUAUGCUGGUGAAGGUAAUGUUAGGAGCUAGAUUUUCCAGAAUCUACCCCAUUUAUGGCGCCAUGUUAGAAUUCACCAGUAGCCUCAUUUGCAUGUGAUUUGGAAGGCAGAAGGGAAGAAGGCAUUAGAUUCUGGAGACACCAUACAGGGAGAAAGACAGAUACAUAUGAGCUUUGAGAACACCAUAUCCCAGCCCAUUAUCCCCAUUCUUUGCAUUUCCAAUUGAGUAUCCUGAAAACUACCACUAACGGUCUGAUUUCCAUUUUCUGAGGUGCAGGUUUCCACUGAUGUCUUCACAAUUUCACAUCAAAGAUCCAUCAGAGUUUGGACUUUGCUUUCAGCCCUCUGUGUUCACCAGAAAACUGUUUCAGACUUUCAUGCUUAUGUCUGCUUCCCCUCUUCUCUAGAUUGUAUCAGUGUAAGGUCUAAUUUGUAUAGGAAACACCCUUAAGCUGUGAACUGUUAGUGAGUAUGCUUUCCUGAUUCGCCAUGACAUCUACAGUGGUGCUGUUGAAAAAGACAUGGGCAUUUGUUUCUCUGCUGCAUGUGCAAGUGGCUGCCAUGACCCAGUCCUUCCAUGUGAAAAUAGGCCCCUUCCUCCUGUGAGGAAGCCUGUGAGUGUUUCCUGUUACUUGUAGGUGAAUGUAAGCCCUCGGUAUGCUUUCAAGUAUGUUUGAUUGUGUGUCUUUAAAAGUAUUUGUGUUUCUCUGUGAAAUGAAUGCCUCUGUAGUUGUUUUAUUGAUAUAUUUUUCAACUGCUUUCUAAGCCAUCAGAUGCUAAUAAAUAUUGUUUUCAUUUCCUCA